GUUAGGGUGCGGCCAGAGUGCACUCAGAUUCAGAUUCAGAUUCCGAAAACAAGCGCGAGAAAUAAACAGUGUAGUCGAAGGGUACGGCCAGAGUGCACUCCUGAUUCAGAUUCAGAUUCAGACUCAGAAAACAAAGCGCGAGAAAAAGCAGGCAACCUGCUUAGACUACACUGUUUAUUUCUCGCGCUUGUUUUCAGAAUCUGAAUCUGAAUCUGAAUCUGAGUGCACUCUGGCCGCACCCUUAAGCGAUAUGAUAACUAGCUGUCAAAAAUACAAAUAUGCCAUGUGAAUAAAAGAAUGUGCCAGCAAAAUAAAUUCAAAAUGUUUUUUUUUUUUUUUUAAUUUUUCUAUAUGGCUUCGCACGGUUUGUGCAUUUAGCCAUGUCAAGUGUAAAAUGUUUACAUAUUCUAUAGCACUCGUGGUCAAAAUAUUAGUCAAGUCAAAGUAAGUGGCAGUCAAGUCAAUCCCCCUUUCCCAAUGUUUCAGUAAAUGUGUGGGGAUUUACUGGAUCCUCCCCGUGGAAUUCUUGAGGGAACGUCGAAAGACACUUUCCGCUAUUUUGUUUCACUUCCCAACACUUGUGCAUGUUUCCGAACACUUAGUGGUUAAUAAUCCACCAUUAUUAUACACUAACAUCCGCCACAACACAAAGUGACGCUUCCCGAUCCCGCCAAAAAGUCAUUGAAACUGUUUAAUACCUCUGGCGCGUUAACGUCAUCUCAGUAAAAAAAAUACAUCCGCCCGUCAAACGUCAUCAGAACUGCAAAUUAUAAUGUUUUUUUUACAACAAAUAAAAUAAAGCCAGCAGCAGCACGCCAAAAAGAACCCUGAGUUAGUCAUUGUCGUAGACUUUAAUGAAUCAAAGUAGACUUCCUUCCUACCUUAUUUUUCUACAUAAUGUGUUGAUAUCGGCGUGUGUAUUUAUAUUUGACUAAAGCAUAAUAUAAACCAUGAGAUUGAAGAUCACGCAAUCGCCAAUUUUCUAGUGACGAAAAACUUGGUAAGUAGAGAUUUCACUGUAAGAAUGGAUGGUAAUAAAAAAAACCUUGGAAUUCAGCCUUGUUCAUUGAACCAUGCACUGUGAGUGCCUAACGAGACUGUCAUUUCAAUCGUCUUCUCUAACACAGCGAAAUUGUCAAUUGUUUUGGUAUAUCGUACUAAUAAAUUAAAAAUAAUUCGUUCUAAACAGUCAAGGUCAACUUUGCUAUAAUAAGAUCACCUAAUAUUCCGAUCACUAACCUUAAACAUAAAAAACGCCUAUUUGUAGUAAAUUCAUUAAUGGAACUGAUAAAUUAUACAGGUGAUAAAAAUCAUAUCUUAUCGCAAAAGACUAUGUGCACAAGUGGUGUAUUAUAUUGUGUAGUGUAAAUAGAUUACAUACUAGCCGUUUUCCAGACAUGAAGUAAAAGGGACUGACCAUACAAGAUUAUUGUUGUGGAACGUAUGGAACGCAAAGAAUUGACUUUAAGUUUUCAUAAUUUAAUCAAAAGAGGUAGUGUUUGUGCUGUUGCUUACAAGAAAUUUUGUUUGAUAUACCCAAUUUAUGUUUGCCAAUUUGUUUAGUGUAAAUAUUGUGUUGUGGUUUCAUCGGAAAAAAUACCUAGCUAUAUCAAAGAUAUUUUAUUUAUCAUAUAGGUUUUAUUUUUUUCUCUUAUACAUUAUAUAAGACAUUCAUAUCAAGAUGAACAACUAUACAGUUAUACAAACUACGGGAUGGAAACACCAACCCCCACAAAUGCACCAAGUGAUUGCAUAUCAGGCAUAUUCCAAGGCUUGGACUCCCUGUCACCAAGCGUCGAUGAGGUUUUCGAUUACAGUUUGGCUGUUCCCGAGUCAUUAUCCAUUAUAGAAGUGGAUAAGACUGACAAUAAGGAUGUAGCAGAUGAAGUUGAAACACCACCAAACUCUGUGCCGUUCAAACAGAUACAUGACCCACCAGUAAAAUUUAAUUCAGUAUAUAGAAAAGUUUUCAUACCUGGUGUAGAAAUAAAGGUUAAAUUCAUUGAAAAUGAAAGAAGUGUUACAUCUCAUCUUAUUAAUCCUAACUUAUACACAAUCUCCUUGCAGCACGGUGACUUCACAUGGACAAUUAAGAAGCGCUAUAAGCACAUUCUUUACUUGCACCAACAGCUCGCUUUGUACAGGGCGUCACUUAAAAUUCCUUUCCCGACCAAAACUCACAAGUCCAGACGAGCUAGCUUCAAGAACACAUUGAAUACAGAGGAGACAGCAGAGAGGGUAGCCUUGGAGGCUCUGCCUAGAAGCAAUUCAAAGAAGAGAGAUGGACGAACUCCAAGGAAACGUAAAGGUGCUUUACCCAGGUUUCCAAAGAAACCAGAGGUAAUGGUGACAUAUGAAGGCAUACAACUACGUAUGAAGCAACUAGAAGAAUACUUGUUCAAUCUACUUAAUAUCUCUAUUUAUAGAAAUCAUCAUGAGACGGUGAAGUUCCUGGAAGUGUCGAAUUUAUCAUUUAUUUCGGAUCUGGGCGGUAAGGGCAAGGAGGGCAUAGUUCUUAAACGGACGGGAUCUACGCAGCCCGGGCAAGCUGGGUGCAACUGCUUCGGUCUAUUGAGCAACAUGGUUUGCGUCAGAUGUAACUACUUCUGCACGGGGUUAGUGUGCGCCAAAUGGCAGGAACGAUGGUUGUUCGUGAAAGACACCUUCUUCGGCUACAUCAGACCUUCUGACGGCAUCAUCAAGGGAGUCAUGCUCUUCGAUCAGGGGUUCGAAGUCUCGAGUGGCAUGUACUCGACGGGAAUGAACCACGGACUCCAGCUGCUCAACCAGAGCCGCCAGAUGGUGAUCAAGUGCUGGACCAAGCGAAAGAGCAAGGAGUGGAUGCAGCACUUCAAGUCUGCCGCUAACGAAACAGCACGCGCAUUUACCUGCCCAAACGUGCACCAUUCGUUCGCUCCACCCCGCGCCUCCACACCGGCUGGCACAUUCGUGGACGGGUCUUCAUACAUGGCAGCCGUGGCUGAGGCAAUGGAGCUGGCUCAGGAGGAGAUCUUCAUAGCGGACUGGUGGCUGAGCCCCGAGAUCUAUAUGAAGCGGCCCACUUUAGACGGCAACUACUGGCGGCUGGACUGUAUUCUGAAAAGGAAGGCUGAGCAAGGAGUGAAAGUAUUUAUAAUGCUGUACAAAGAAGUUGAAAUGGCACUCGGCAUCAAUAGCUUUUACAGCAAGAGCAGACUGGCCAGUGACAAUAUCAAGGUUUUCCGUCACCCAGACCACGCGCGAGCCGGCGUAUUUUUCUGGGCGCAUCACGAGAAGAUAGUAUGUGUAGACCAAACUGUUGCCUUCGUUGGGGGCAUCGACCUCUGCUACGGACGAUGGGACGACCAUAGACACAGGCUGACUGACUUGGGAAACAUAUCGCAAACACAGACUUCCAUAAAGACUAAGAAGAAAACGUCUAGUUCUCCCGGUGGGGGACUUUAUAUACCGCAAGCAAACGGUAUAGAAGCUGCAUUAGAACUAGCGCGCUCUUCCAGGGACAUAGUCAUAGGAUUGAAUGAUGUCGUACCGAUAGAGAAAUCCGAAGAAACUUCGAAUGGCAAUAACGACGAACAAAACAACACUGUUAACACUCCCCAAUCAGACUUACCAGUAUUAGAGCCAGGCGACCAAUUACUCAUAAACUCGACUAAACCCUUCCAAUCACAAGACUCAGCAACUUCGGACACGCACGAGGUGCAAAAACGAAACGUGAUCGACAAAAUAACGGACCGAGGGAAAGACAUCAUCAGUAUAAUAUACCCACCUUACGAAGAAGAGAGGAACGAGCAGAAAUUCGACAAUUCCGAAAGAAAAAAAGCACAAAAAUACGCCAUGUCCAAUGACCAAGUCUUGUUGACUGAAGCUUUCGGUAUUAAAUCUGCUGAUAUAAGCAGAAGUGUAUGUCAACCGACGCCUUUAGCUCAAGUGGUCGAAGGAAGAGUCAUAACGGAGAGAACUAAGGAUGCUUUGGAGGGCAUAGAGGGUAACUCAAAGCUGUGGAUCGGCAAGGACUACACUAAUUUUAUCGUUAAAGACUUCAAUAAUUUAGAUCUGCCUUUUGUAGACUUAGUUGACAGACACUCAACGCCUAGAAUGCCUUGGCACGACAUCGGCGUCGUCGUGCAAGACGCGGCCGCGAGAGACAUCGCUAGACAUUUCAUACAACGAUGGAACGCUAUCAAAUUGGAGAAAGCGCGGCAAAACACAAACUACCCGUACUUGUUACCAAAGUCUUAUGCAGACAUCAAGCCGCUGCGUGAUCUGCAAGCGCGUUUGUCUGUCGACAUCACAAACGUAUCGUGUCAGGUCCUCCGCAGUGUAUCGAGCUGGUCAUGUGGCUUCUUAGACCCGGAUACUGUGGAACAGAGCAUCCACGAAGCAUAUGUGGACACCAUCAACAGGGCCCAGCACUACGUCUACAUAGAAAACCAGUUCUUCAUCACCCCGGCCCGAUCCAACACGUACAUUAGGAACCAGAUAGGCGAGGCGCUAUUCAACCGCAUAAGACGCGCUCAUCGUUCCGGCUCCAUAUUCCGCGCUUACAUUGUGAUGCCCUUGCUGCCAGGCUUCGAGGGGGAAGUGGGGGGUCCCUCAGGCACUGCCUUACACGCCGUCACCCACUGGAACUACCAGAGUGUGUCCAGAGGUCGCGAAGCCAUUCUCACGCGUCUGUACGAAGACGGCAUAGAGGAACCUUCAAAGUACAUCACGUUCCACGGACUCCGCACCCACUCGGUGCUAGAAGGCGAGCCUGUCACAGAACUGAUCUACGUGCAUUCCAAGCUACUGAUCGCCGACGAUAAGACGAUCAUUUGCGGCAGCGCCAACAUCAACGAUCGCUCCAUGAUCGGCAAGAGGGACUCGGAGAUCGCGGUACUGUUGCAGGAUGAAGAAUUCGUAGACGGCAUAAUGAACGGGGAACGGUUCCCAUGCGGUCGCGUCGCGGGAGGUCUGAGAAAGCGUUUAUUCCGGGAACACCUGGGCCUCAUGGAAGAAGACCUGGACUUGCUGGCUAUUAGCAUCGAUGACCCUUGCAGCGAGGUAUUCUAUAGACACGUGUGGCAGACUACUUCUAAAAGAAACACUGAUAUUUAUGAAGAGGUCUUCCACUGCAUACCCACCGAUUCCGUCCACACAUUUGCCGAACUGAAAAAGUAUCAAGAAGAAAACUGCCAGACCCUCUGGCAUUCUGACAAAGCACUCGCCAACAGAAAAAUUGCCAUCAUACAAGGGAAUUUAGUCGACUUGCCGCUCGACUUCCUAUGCAACGAAGUUCUAACACCGAAGAACAUUUCCAUGGAGGGAAUGAUGCCGACCUCAUUGUGGACGUGAUUCCUUAUGAACAGAAACCGGGUAAUUAUACUGAAAAGUCUCCCCAAUUUUAAUUAGAACUUGAUAUUAGAGGUAUUAAGGAUCGGAAUUAAAAAUCAGUUGUAAAAAAUUGUCAGUAUUUUAUAACCUGACUGAUUUGCGAAUGCUGUUCGUGUACUCUUUUUUUUUAAAGUUUUCCUUCAUUUCUGGGGGUCUUAAAUAGCGACAUUUUGAAUGAAAUUCUGGUUCUAGAUAAUAAAUUCAUUUUAUUAUGUUCAUUUGACGUUUUAUAUAGUAUUUUAUCACAUCCAGAUUAUUCAAAAUAUAUUUAACAUAAGUACCAUAAUAUCAAUAUUAAUAUUAAAAAUUCUAUCUCGCUAUUUUAAACCUUAACUAAUGGCUUGUAUCAUCACUUGCUGAUAUAUUAUAUAUAUUAUAUUAUAUCUGAUUAACAGUGCCUAGAUGGACUAUAGAUGGACUAUUGCUCCGUAAUGAAAUAUCUACUAGAUUGAUAGUUUUCCUAUAUCUUGCCAGUUAGUUGUACUUAAAGUAGAUUUGAUAUUUCCUUACAGAAUCUGCCUUAAAAAAUGGUUUCUAAAUCCUUUAGUUAUUACUUUUUCAUCUGAUUCAUCCUCUAUAUUGCUGUCACUGUCUUUACGUUGAAAAAAGAAUAAGACAACAUUUUACUUGAACAACAAUAAGUGUGAUGUUAUGAACUUUCAACUUAUUUAUUACAAUAGUGACUUCAGAAAGUACAAAAUAUAAGUGUCCUUAACCAUUUCCUUGUUAUUAAAUAGUGAUCCUGGACACAGUAAGUGAAAAAGAGAUGUACGUACAACAAAAAUUAAUAAAAAAAAACCUUGUUUUGCUAUAUGUCCAUUUACACUUAUUUAAUUUUAACAUUCGUAAUGUAUCACUAUUUAUAAGAAUAUCAGAAAAACAUGAGAUUAUUAUAAUGUUAAGUGCAAUACGUAAAUGUUUUUUUUUUCACUAUCAACAAAUAGGAACCAAUACCGAAUUCGUAUCGUUUGCGAGUAUGAAAUGUCAUUGUCAAAUCUGUACUGAUUUUUAGUCCUCUUUAUGUACUUUGUGGUGCUGCUUUUCAAGUUUCCAUACAAAAUUUGACAUUGACAUUUCGGACUCGCAAACUAUUCGAAAUCGAUAAUGGUUCGUGCUAAGCACAAACUAUAUAGUGAUGCUAGCGCAUGUGUUAAGGGUACUGAACAAACAAGCGAACAAAUAGUGGUGCUAAAAUGUUUAGUAAAUAUAUUUGACAUCAUAGUAUGAAAUAUAUCUAAGUGUGAUGUUUUGUAGAAUUAACACGUUAAAUGUAUGUUGGACAUUAUCUAAGUGUAAUAAUAUUAAUGUUUGUGUCAUAUAUGUCGUAAUCGUUGAGUGUGAUUAUUUUAUAAAUCUAUUUAUUAAUAAAUCUAUCAAUUUUGUCAAAUUUUGUGAACAGAAAUUCAUACUAAAAUCUCUGCUCAGCAUAAUUUGAAGCCUUUUCUAUAAGAUUUAGUUAACCGCUAACAUACGUAACGCUAACUACCUCAAAAUAUUAACCAUUCCUAAAGAAUUCUUCAUUCCUUUUCAACCACCACCAAAAACUAUAAGGUAGGGUCGCCUAAGAUCGGACGCUUUUUCGUCGAGUUCGGACCGUGUCAAAAAACAUAGCUUUUUUCAUUUCCCAUAACUUUUUUACAAAUGGACUGUUAGAGGAAGUUAUAAGCAAUAAAACAAAUAAUCUGGUCACUUUUCGUUUAAUUCGAUACACGCUUUAGAUUUUGUGAGACACGCCUUCAAAGUGACAGAAUAGUUUUCUUGACUACUUUUCAAAAAAACCUGGCAAAGCCAAAGUUCGGACUACUGCUUAAUUUCGCCCGUGAAGCUGUGGCAUUAGAGUGCACAAAAGGAAAAUAUCCGAUCUUAAAUUGAAAACAACAUAUCACAAAAUCGUCUUGUAAUUCCGCGUGGUGUGGCAAAAACAGGUAUUUUUUUUUUUAGCAUUUUUUAGUCCGAUCUUCCCUCCCAAGCCUAAUGUGAGCAAAAUUGAGUUUCUCAAACUUUAUUCAGUCAGCCUCGCGUAGCAAUAUAGCAAUCGGAAGAUAGAGAUUUAAGACCGGACGUAAUAGUUAUGUGCUAAAAUAGGGCUGAACUGAACUAAACUCAUAGAUAAAUAUAAUUAUACUAUGUACCUAAUUUAAACCCAUGCAGAUAAAUAGUGGAAGUAAAAAGGUCUGCCUGACAGGUAUACCUAUAGUGUUUCAGUGCUAUUUUUAAUUGACGUGCCACCAUUUUCAAUCUUAUUCUUUACCUGCGUGGGUUAUUGCUAAAUAUAAAAUUUGACACAAACGACACGAUAAAAAAAUGAAACAUUUUUUUUUAUUUAAUGAACAUUUAUUAUUCUUUUGGUAGGCGAGUCUUAGUUCUUAGAAUGGCAUAGACUGGCUUAUUAAAUAAAAUAUUAAAGUAAUAUAAAAAAUAAGUAAAAGAAUAACAAAAACGGUACUUCUCCCUGUGAAACUAACCUAUAAACACUUGGUGUAAUAAUUUUAGAGACUAUUUUUUAAACAAGUACAAAAAUCACAUUUCCUUAUAAGCUAUUCAGACUUAUUAUAUGUCUUCAUGAUCAAUUAAUAGGAACUGAGGAAUAAAAACUUGAGAAACAUAAAAAAACUAACUAGCUAGGUAUCUAAAUCUGUAUCUUUAAAAACUACAAAAAUCACAUUUUUUUCUUAUUAGCUAGUGACUUUUACGACUUCUUCCAUGAAGUAAUUCGCGUCUUCAUCAUUAAUUAAUACGAACAGAAAAUAAAUUUUACAAAACAUAGAAAAUCUAAAUAUGUUUUUAUAAACAAGUACAAAAAUGACAUAUUUUUAUUAUUUAGACUUAUGAAAUAAAGAUAGCAUCUUUAUCAUGAAAUAAUAUAAACUGAGGUAGGAAAACGUAUAAACAUUAAAAAUCUAACUGUUUCUAUAAACAUGUACAAAAAUAGCAUUUUCUUCUCAUUAACUAUUCAGACUUAUAUGAAGUAAUGAGCGUCUUUAUCAUCAAAUAAUAUAAACUGAGGUAGGAAAACGUAUAAACAUUAAAAAUCUAACUAUGUUUCUAUAAACAUGUACAAAAAUAGCAUUUUCUUCUCAUUAACUAUUCAGACUUUUAUGAAGUAAUGAGCGUCUUCGUCAUCGUUUAAUACAAACUGGGGAGGAUUUUCCUUUAUCUGUAGUAAUUCAAUCAAUUUGACUAUGUUUUCUUCAGGAACACAAUCGAUAUCUUUACGCUUAGAAAGCACGAACAUUACAUUCUCGCUUUUACCAAACGUUUUGUAAAACGAUAUGGUGUACUUUCUUUCUUUAAAAUGGACUUUCUCAAUUGUACCCACAAAAUAUUUCCAAGUUCUUGUAAAGUAUCGCGUAAGGACAGUUUCCCCAAUAUUAUAUGUCUGUCCAACAUUUUCAACUUCUUUAAUUUCAAUGUUAGCAGUGAAACUUCCACUUCCAUGUCGUCGUUGUAAAUUUAACUUACUAUUUAGAUCAUUUUUUUUCAAACCUUUCGGUUUGUAGCCAAAUUUUGUUGUCAGUGGAAUAGAUGAAAUUACAUUGAUUUUAUUCAUUAAAGUGCUAUGUGAUGUUAGUUUUAUGUUGUUUUCAUUUUCGUCUUCUUGUGCAUUUUCUUGCAGGGUUUCAUUUAAUAUGUUGUUUUCUUUUUCGUCUUCCUGUGUAUUAUCUUGCGUGGUUUUAUUUAUUAUGUUGUUUUCUUUUUCGUCUCCUUGUUUAUUUUCUUGCGGGGUUUCCUUUAUUUUAAUGUUUUCAUUUCUAUUGUUAUCAGUUAUAUCGGACAUGUUAUCUUUUUUACUGUUUUCAUUUUUGUAUUCUUCGGUUUCUGCAUAUAUUUCUUUAACAAUUGUUUCAAUCUGUUCUUCUCUUGAAAAUAAAACUGUUUCACUAACAAAUGCAUCAUUGUCAGGAAAUAUGUCACUGAAGUUGUCGUCUAUUUCAGAGUCACUACGUAAACUUAGCGCUGUAGCACUUUCAGAUGUGGAAGAGAUACUUCGAGACCUCUUUACUUUUUUUGCCCGUUUUUUCUUUGAUGUUUUGUCCUUAGAAUUGUGUUGUCUUUUGUUAUUGGUUGUUUUAAUUUGUAGUUUAUUGUAAGAAAUUAUGUUAACAUCUGUUUCCAUUUUGAUAGUGCUUGUCAACUUAUUUUGUUCUGUGUUAUCAGAAAUACUGUUACCCUGCUCUGGAUUACUAGUAGAACAGACAUUGUUCGUUGCACUCUUUGUUUUUUUGCCUAUACCCUUUCCUUUUGCUGUUUUAUUAGACAAAAUAUUUUUUCGAGCUAGUGUUUCAAGUGUACUUUCAAUAUCAGCGGGUUCUUGUAGUGUUUUUCCUAAAUUUGGUUCCUUUUCUGCUUUUUCGUAGCCGGAGUCGUCAGAAAUAUUUAAGUUAUGAUCCGAAUUUUUAGUAAUACUGAUGUUAUUUUUUCCAGUUCUUGUUUUCUUUCCCUCAACCUUUUCUUUUACUGCUUUUUUACUUAAAGUCGUCUUCUUAUUGCAUAAUCCAGAUGACCCGGGUUGUUCAUUAUCAACAGGUUUGUCAAACGAUCUUUUUUGUUCGGAUUCUUUCCUCUUUUCUAAAUACGUAAGUGUGAUGACUUCUGAUCCUUUGGCUACGCGAGUUAAUUUUGUAGCCGUUUUGUUUUGCGGCUGUUGUUUAAUUUUGUCCAAUAGAAGUUCUUCAAAAGUCUUUGCCUCAUUUUGUUUGAUUACGUCAGGAUUUUCAUCAGCGUCAUCCACAGUGGGCACAGUUAGCUCGAUGUGUAUUCCUUUAUUUAUGACAUCUGUGCAAAGUUUUGCAAGUGUAUUAACAUUUAUCUUCUUAGAGAGAGCGUUUUGUUCUUCUUUGUAUUUGAGUCAUCUUUUAUAAGCAGCAGGUUCAAAUUUUUCUUUGGGAAUGACGGCCGGAUUAUAUGGAUAGAUCCCUCCCUUUUUUAUGGCCGUUUUUUAUAACUUCUGGCUUUGUCUUGUGCCAUGCUUCUGCAAACAUGCGAGCGAAAGCUUGCUUACGAACUUUGACACCAAUAUUCUCUCGCUACCAAGUAACAAGCUGUGCGUCCCAGAUACUUUUGAAGGAUUUGAAUACAGCAAUAUCCAAGGGCUGUAGAAGGUGCGAGGUGUGUGCAGGGAGUUUUAAUAUGAUCAAACCAUUUUCUGCUGCCAAAGAAACUACUUUUUCGUCGACAUGUGUUACAUGGCCGUCGUACACCAUCAGAUGGGGUCUCUCUGUGCCUAAAUUGGGAAUGACAUAAUUUGACAUGUAAUUAUAGAAAAUAUCCGUCUCCAUCCAUCCACGCUUGCUUGCAGCAUAAGCAAGCUCAAACUCAUAUGUCCCUUUAUCGUCCAACAUCCAUUCUUGGUAGACAUUUUUUCCUUUAAAUACAAUUAAAGGAUUUAUUUUCUCACCUGCAGCGUUAACUGUGGUUAAGACAGUAAUAUUUUCUUUACCUGUACCAGCAGUCGUUCUUGUACAUGGUUGACCAAUGGCACCAACAACUUUUGUCCUACUCGGAUCUAGACAGACGGAGGUUUCAUCUAGAUUCCAUAUUUUUCGCUGAUCUUUAAUAUUGUACUUUGUGAGGACUUCUUCCAAGAGUGUAAAAUAUUCAUCAAUAAAAAAUGGAUCCGUCAUUCGUUUUCGUACGGCUUCUACUGCUUGAGGUUUCUUCACUGAUAAUUUAUGUCGCUCUCUAAAAGCCACGAACCACUUGGUGCCUGGCCUGUCAUCUUUGAACGGUGUUUUUAAAUUAUUUCUUCGUACAAACGCUGCCACUAAAUCUAAUACUUCCUCUUUUGAUAAACCCCAACCCCAUUUUUCAAGCGUGCGCAAAUAUUCAGCCAACUUAGUUUCCUGAUCUAGAGGAAUAGCUGGGGCUCUUCCUAGUGUUUGGCUUUUAAUACCCGUUUUUGCCAACACACGAUCGUUGAGAGUAGAUGUCGGUAUCCCAUACAAUUGAGACGCGGCAUAGUUUGACAGUUCUUUGCUUCUUACUUUUUCCACGGCUUCUCUUAAAUCCUCUUGGGUAUAGGCGGUCGCUCUAAGAGUGCUCCUUUGAUAAUUUGCAGGCAUGUUUAAUCUGUAAGCAACCAUUAACAAAUUCUUAAUCCCACUUCAUUCUUAUGAAUGAUAGCGAAUGACGUAACCAGGAUAAAUAUUUUUUUUAAAUAUUCGCGGUUAUUGAUAGAUAGAUAGAUAAAUUCUUUAUUGCUCACAUUGCUUGCGGUUAUUAUUAUACGUAUAUAUACACAUGAUUACGGGUAACUUAUUUCAAUUAUUUAUCGUGGUAAAAACACGUAAUAAAUCAUGUGUAUAUGUUACCAGGAUAAGUUUAUCUUUUAUUAUAGAUAGAUAUUAAAAUUGGCCUCAAGUGAACUGCGUUAGUAACAAAAACAUACAAUACAAUAGCUGAAUUAAAAAAUAAUAGUCCUUUUAAGAAGUUUCAUACUUAAUAGGUGUUAAGAAAAGAAGAUACUAUGCAUUGGUAAGUAACUUUUUGCUCUACCAAAAACGACAAUUUAAGAACAAUUUGUUAUGAUGAAUUAAUUUAAUAAAUUGGAUAAUAAUUUAAAUUAAUUGUCUAUUUAAAAAUUUUGACAACCAUUCCAUUUUUUUUGUGCUUUAAGAUCGGACUAUCGUAGUCCGUACUUUGGCAAUGGGCGGAAAGUCCGGAUCUUCGUUUACAGACGUCCUAGGCGUAAACCAAGUAUACAAUCCUGGAGAGCACUUGCUAAUUCUGCACAGAAUUCUACUUAAAAAGCAAUAAAAUGAUAAAUACUCACCAUAAUUUUAACAAGAACUCUUGGCUCAAAGAUCGGAUCGCCAAAAAUUUCAGAAAAAUGUCGUUUUGUUUUGUACGCUCCGUUGCACGCGUCCUACCACUCGCAACGCUUAUCGCGGUAUGAAGGGAGGGGCAGAACAAAAUGGCGAACAAAACUAUGUUGCCAGCCGUGAAAAAUGUCGCUUCUUUCGUGUGAAAUUGUAUGUAUCCGGUCUUGUGGCACAUCCGAUCUUAGGCGACCCUACCUUAUAUGUCGCAGCCACUUGAUUUAAUCAGCUUGCCAUUUGACAUGAGCUUUAAGUGGUGGACAGUGUAACAACAGCUGCGAGUGCACAGUGUAACAUAAGGAAUACUUCUGCCGUAUUCUUAUUUGUCUAUGGUCUCUAAUUGAACCAGAUAGCUGCGAAAUGUUGUGUAUAUUUAAUAAUAAUAACAUUCCAUUGGCACAGAAGGCUGAUAGUUCUUUUAUUACUUCCUCUAUAAUAGAUUCAAUAUGGUUCAUCUCCAACUUCUGCCUGAAAUAUAAAAAAUAAAAUAAGAAGUAUAAGAUCCAACUAAACAAAACGAUAAAUAAUAUAUUUGUUUAUUAAGUAAAUUAUUAUGUUAAACUUACGUGACCUAUUUCACGAUUAUUUUUUAUUGUAUAAAUUUUUAAUUGAAGAUUAUAUUUUUAUUAAUGUUAUUUUAUCUAUCUGUGCCGUGUUCUAUGUUGUACCUUUUAAUAAAAAGUUGC